UUCAUCCCUCAUUUUCUUCAUGAUUUUUCAGCUUUAGCGGGAUUGUGCGGUAAAUUGACCAUUUUGCCCUUCAUCAUAUGUGUUGCCCGUGCCUGCUGCUCGUGUGGCUUUCGCGUUUCGUGGGAAAAAUGCUGGAAGCAUCUUUCAUUUUCCCUUUCCUCUUCUUUUCUCCUCUCUCUCUCUCUGUCUGUGUUUGCCUUGUUUCUAUCGCUGUACCUCUUUUGUUUCCAUUCCAAUCUGAUCAUUUGUGAAUGUGGUUUAAGUGUGCUUCCCGUUGUUUUCCAGAAACGAAUCGCACUGUUUUAGCAUGAUGUGGGAAAUCGAUCAAGAAGAUGAAGAAUUGUUUAACCAAUCUGAAGGAAUGUUCAAUCUCCAUAUAGCCCAAAAUGAGAAGGAAGAGGAUGAUGAGCGGAGAAUGAGAGAUGACGAAGCAAGAAUGGCCAGAGACUCACAUUCUCGUCGAGUCAUCCAAGCUGUGGCUCAUAUAUGUAGGCCCACCCGUUCCAGAAACCUUAAUAGAAGCAGGCAACAACGAGGUGAGGAGCUGUUGGAUGAUUAUUUUGUUCAUAAUAGUGCAUUUCCUGAUAUGUACUUCAGACGUCGUUUUAGAAUGGAACGACAUUUGUUCAACAAAAUCAUGAUUGCUGUUUGCAACCAUGAUUCUUACUUUGUGCAAAAGAAGGAUGCUUGUGGUGCUAUGGGUCUCUUUUCUGAGCAAAAAAUUACUACUGCGUUACGGAUGCUUGCUUAUGGAGCAGUUGCAGACCAAGUGGAUGAGAUAGCGAGGUUGGGGAAAUCAACCAUUCUUGAGUCCUUGAUGAGGUUUUACGGAGCAAUUGAAUCUAUCUACACCGCAGAGUACCUCCGGAAACCUACUCACAUGAACUUGGAAAGGCUUCUGAAGAAGGUCGAGAUGUGAGGUUUUCUUGGGAUGAUUGGGAGCAUUGAUUGUAUGCAUUGGACAUGGAAAAACUGUCUAAGUGCAUGUCAAGAUGCUUAUGGAGACAGAAAAUGAGCAAAAUGUAUCAUUUUGGAGGCAGUGGCUUUUUUUGAUACAUGGAUUUGGCACGCCUUUUUCGAGGUUCCGGGAGUUCAAAAUGACCUCAAUGUCCUUGCUCAAUCCCCAGUGUUCAACGAUGUCCUGCAAGGAAAGGCACCAAAAGUCACGUAUGAGGUCAACAGACGUAUGUAGGAUGGGCCAUACUACCUAGCUGACGGCAUUUACCCAAGGUGGUCAACAUUUGUCAAAACAGUGCCACGUCCGCGAAGUGCAAAGGAAAAACACUUUACAAGAUGUCA